UCCGCGUCUGCGUCCUCGCCGGAGGCGGAGGAGGACGAGCCCGGCAUUGCUCCACCGGCGCGUAUGACCACGGUAUCGCGCCACUACUUCGGUGGCGCCUCCUCCGAGCACGACCAUGCCCUCCGCGUCGACAUCGUCGAGAAUAUUGAAGAGGAUUACGGGAUGUUCGUCUGGCCGUGCAGCGUCAUCCUCGCGGAAUACGUCUGGCAGCAGAGGCCGCGGUUCUCCCACUCAAGAGUUGUCGAGCUUGGUGCCGGAACCUCGCUACCCGGUUUAGUAGCUGCAAAAGUUGGAGCAGAUGUCACGCUGACAGACAUUGCACAUAAUACAGAAGUACUGAACAACAUCAGACAAAUAUGCGGGCUCAAUGAUGCCAACUGUAAGGUGGUAGGACUUACAUGGGGAGAAUGGGAUGAACCUGUAUUUGAUCUGCACCCUGAUAUUAUUCUCGGAGCCGAUGUGCUUUAUGAUUCAGCGAAAUUUGAUGAUCUGUUUGCGACGGUUACCUUUCUCUUGGAAAAUUCUCCUGGGGCAGUGUUCAUUACCACAUACCACAACCGGAGUGGUCAUCAUUUGAUUGAAUUCUUGAUGGUGAAGUGGGGUUUGAAAUGUCUGAAACUCUUGGAUGGGUUCUCUUUCCUUCCCUCGUGCAAGGCUGAUUCACUACAGGGAAACAUUCAGCUAGUUGAGAUCGCACUUGAGAAGGCAAAACCUGAAUGAUCUUUAGGUAAUGGGAGUACACUAGCUUCAUGUAUUUGAUUAGAUUAAAAAAUUGCAUGUAAUAUUCAGAACGGUUCUUUUUUUUUUUCAUGUGCUCUAGUCUUAGGGACUUGGCUGACAGAAUAACCAACAAGGACAUGACAAUAAAAUGUUUGGGCAAUGACGACAUGCAACCGUGUACAUUAGGUAAUUCCAGCAGCUUGCAGAGUCAUCCACCAUAACCUUAGUCUGGAAUGAUUUGUUUGGAAGGAAGGAAACAUUCUCCCUAUUUGGAUUUCAUCAGGAAUUGAACCAUGCUAUAGCUUAGGCAAGUGAACAUACAAUCUUUUGUGUAAACUCUGAUCCAGUUAUAAUGACAGAU